UCUUCGGGUGAAAGCUGUCUUCCCUGCGCCACUGGCCCGAAAAAACGUUGGUGUAGCAGAGUCAGUCCGCACCGACCAGAGGCAGAGCAGACACACGGGAGAAAGCACGUACGCACAUCGGGAAUCUUUUAUUGUUCAACGGAGUGACUUUGAUUUGCAUAUCCACUUCCACUUCUUCCUCAUUUGCAUACAGCAAGAAUGGCGAGCGGGCAUCCCACAGACAAAUUCAGUUUCAUGUAUCAACCAGACACGCACAAGAGCAAGAACAGGUUAUCUUCAGCUAUGAAUCCAGUCUACAGCCCCGUUCAGCCUGGCACCCCCUAUGGGAACCCCAAAAACAUGGCCUUUACAGGCUAUCCAGGAGGAUAUCCCGCCACGGCUCCCACCUACACACCCAACCUCUAUCAAACAGGAAGUCCUGGGUAUCCACCAGGAUAUACCUCAGCAGGCACCCCAUACAAAGUGCCCCCUACUCAGUCCAAUGGAGCACCCCCACCAUACACCCCAACCCCUACUCCAUACCCGACAGCCAUGUACCCUAUCCGCAGUGCCUACCCUCAGCAGAACCUAUACGCACAGGGAGCGUACUACACCCAGCCCGUGUAUGCGGCUCAGCCACACGUGAUCCAUCACACCACAGUGGUGCAGCCUAACAGCAUCCCCUCCACAGCCCUCUACCCGGCCCCUGUCCCCGUACCAGCUCCCCGCAACAAUGGUAUGGCUGCCAUGGGGAUGGUAGCCGGGACAACCAUGGCCAUGAGUGCAGGGACCCUGUUGACAACGCCCCAGCACCCCCAGAUUGGAGGACACCCAGUUACUGUGCCAACCUACAGGCCCCAAGGGACACCUGGGUACAGCUACGUACCGCCUCACUGGUAGAGCCCACCCAUCAUAUCUGGAGUCCACCAUCGUAUGCAACUGCUCAAAUCUUACAUGGGCUCCCACUGGUUACCACGGGAACUCGGCACCUGUCUGCAAGAACAAAACUAAAGUGCAACAGCCACUUUACUAUUAUUGUUAUUGUUAUUAUGCGACAUUCUUUAACUUUUUUUUAAAGCUGCUUUUAUUUUUUAUUUUUACUCUGUUAAUUUGCCAACCAGUCAUGAUCUUAUUUUGUACUUUUUUUUUUCUUUUUUCUUUUUUUUUUUACAUUUUAUUUCCUCACUUUAUUUUGCUGUGUCUGUCAUCGGAACUCCAGAAGGACUCUUGACCAAUCACGGGUGUCAGUCGCCUCCUGUUUCUGUGUUGUGCUGGUGUGUGUGGUCCUUCCUGCUGCUGCUGCUCAGUUGGCUGGAAAAUAUUUGGGCACUUACUUCUCAUUCUCAUCUUCAGCAGUUACUACAAAGACUUAUUGACUUAUGCUGCCAAAUUUUCUAAUGACUAGAUAUCAGCACAGGGUUUUAACUUAACAAGGAUUUACUUUUUCUUCCUUUGCGUCAUCCUUUCUUUGAACUGCUUUGUUUCAUUUCCAGUUUAAUCUCAGUCGUCUUCCAGCGCGUAGCUGUCCAUCAGGCAGCAGUCGGUCAAUCAAACCUGUUGCAUCUCCCUAUGAGUGCUACGUCGCUCUGAGCAGAGCACUUACUGACCAUUACCCAUCCUACUGUGUGUCCCACAUUAGCAUCGUAGCUACUACACACUAAGGAAACACCGCCUACUUCAUGCUACAUACUAUGCAGGCUAGUAUGUUGUGACACUAUUGUAAUCUUAACCUUAGAACAGGUCAAUAAAUUAAGAAAAUUUGCAAGUAUUUAUAAUCUGGUGGUUGUUCACACUAUUUCUAACACAUGAAAGCGCACACACACGCAGGGGCUCCUGUGGUGUGGCUAAACAUCACUUAGUGGCACUUACUGUACUAAAAACAGCUAUGCCGUUACUGAUCAAGACACACAACAUGGAAUUGUAAGGGUUUGCAUGGCAGACAGCAGAAAGGAGUUAAAAGGGAUUGCAUGAGGAGGAGACAAGGAGAACAGACAAGUAAAGAGGAGGAUGAGGAGAUCACAUCUUAAGUAAUUUUUCAAGGUACAAGACAUUUGAGUUUGUGACAGCUCUGCACAAACACACUGCUUUAUUUCGCACUAUAUGUAUUGUACAUUGAUUUCUCACUGAUGUGAUUACAUCGUCUCCUCCUCCUCCUUACCUCUUCUUUCUUUUAACCAAACACUCAGUGGAUCGAAACCCACACUCUUUAGUAAAUCGUUAAUAAUGGACCAGUCAAUAUGAUAAAUGAUAGAUGAAUAGGAUUCAAUCCACUUGUCCAUUCCAUAGUGCUAAGAAUUGAGUAGAGCAAACCAUCAUCAUGGUUGUUGUGCAUCACAUUUAGAUAGAGUCCAAUCAGAGGCUGUGAAACUUUUACAACGUAUCCAUGCCAUGGUAGAGCCAGAAUUUGAGUCCAAACUGCACGGUUUUUGGACUUCUCCAUUUAAAUUGUAAAGCUAAAAUGAUAGCUCUCGAUAUAAAUCUGAAAACAUUUUCAUAAAUAUUCCCAGAAGUGCAGAGCUGAGGUUAUUGUGCCACUCUGUCACUUUGUUUUAAGCCAGUUUGUGCAGACGGAGAAGUCCAGUAGCUAAAAGGAAGUUUUUUACAGUUUAAGUCAUUAUUACAAAAACUACUUCCCCAAUUUUGUCCACUGCUUUUUUUUUUUUGGCAAAAGUCACAAAAUUACACAUAUCUGCUUUACCUUCAGCCUGUCAACAUUAUCCCUAUUUAAAAAAGAAUGCAUUAGUCUUGAUUCAAUAUGAACUGUCUUUAAAAGAAGAUAACAUUAGAGCCAAUGAGACAUGGACCAUACACAGCCAUUUUCUGUUGCCUUUUUAUGCUUAUACAUGUUAAAAAAAGGCUUUUAUGAACAUGCAACCGGCUUCACAGCCACAGAAUGAUGAUCUUAACACUACAACACAGUGAGUCAUGGUGGCAGGGUUUCAUAUUUACAGUAGGUGAGGCCUGUGGUAAUUUUCAGGAGUUACAAAAAAAAAGAAAAAACUACAUAAUGAAUCUGUAGAUGACAGAUCAGUAUAACAAAAAGCAUUUACCGCGCAGGUAUGUAGAUGAAGUGGUUUGAUAAUGCAAUAAAAUAAGAGGGAAUGCCUCCGACAGUAAUUAUUUUAUCAGCGUUUUGAAUUGAUUUUUAAAAGAAUGCAUAUUGUUGUAAUCGCUAAGUAUGGAUUACUGGCUCUGUAUGCAGCCUCCACUCAAUAAUUAUUAUACUUACUGCUAAGAAGAGUAGAACAUAUCAUGGAUUUGGGUAUUGAAUAACUUUGUGAGGAAAUAUUGCACAACAUAAGACAAAAAAAACUUGAUGACUAUAAUUUAAUGCUAAGUAACAGGUACCUAGGCUUUGUAGUGCAGGUGAGAGGAAGAAGCAAUUUAUAUUGUAAUUAAGAAUAAACAAUAAGGUCGAGUGUUUGAGGUAUUCUUAGUCCAGAUGUUUGUACAAUAGUAGGUAAAUUCUCAAUAAAAUGUGACAUUAUUCUGUUGGAUGAAAACCAUCAGUUUUGAGCUUAUUUUUAAACCUGACCUUGUAUUUUAAUAGACGUAACUUCAAAAUUCAAAAGAAACUGAAAAAUACAGAAAUGGUUUUCUUCCAACAGCAGUUCUGUCACUCUUCAUUAGGAUUUAUUUAACCAACCACUACUUUUGUCAGUAUUUCUCAAUUUAAUCUCAUGUUAUUUUUUUCCUUCUUUCCCUCUGGUCAAAUAAGCAUAAUGAGUAUGCAUAAUAUUCAGGUGUAUUACACUAUAGCAUUGGAUCUCUAAGUUUAAAAAAUGCAGUAUAUUUAUACAGCAAGUGGUACAGUAAUGUAUUUCUAGCUAAGCAUGGUUGCAUCAGUGUGGCAGCUACUGUUCGUGCUUUUUAAUAUUUUCUUUUACCUUGUCCUCUGCACCUCUGUCCUCUAUGUUUGUCUCAUUGAAGGGGAAUUUAACACCAAGGGAUGUUGAUAAAAACAAGACUUGUGAAAAUUCUCCUCACCAUAUUCCCACUUAGAGUAAAAUGUUGCCUAAAUUUACAGAUAUCAAGGAAGAAGAGAAUUAAUGACAGAACUGAAAUGGAUCUGUUUUGUUUUGUUUUUUUUUACUGAAAAGGUUCCCAGGCUAUUUUGGCAGCCAUCUUUGUGGUCCAUUUCUUUUCUGAAGGUGCAAAGAUGUAUCGAAUGAUGUCCUGAAAACCCUCAGCCUCCACGUCGUUUUAUUCUGUGCCAUAUUUCACCCAAAGCUGUUCAGUAAAUAUUAGUUUCUUUCCCUAAGUAACUGGUGAAAUCUGAGUCCUUGUUACGUCUAGCUUCCUGUGAUUCUGUGUUUUCCUAUUGCUGUCCUAUUUCUCACUUUGUUGUUAAUGCAUAUUGCCUGUCUCACUUUUUAUCUUUCUUACUGUAUCCUCUGUGUUUAUCCUUCUCCCUACAAUCCCCUCAGAGGCCAUUUUGCAUCCCCAUCACCAUUAAACAUUUAGUUCAAACACUUCUAAGGAUGCAAGGUGUCACAUAUCCUCUCUUGCCCUGUUUUUGACCCCCUGCUCUCACUUUUUCAUGGUUUUGCCCUUUCUGGUGCUUUCAUUCAAACUUUUGCAACCCUCACCACUCCGAAAAUUAUCCUACAGUCUGUCAGUCAUAAUUAAAAUCUGUAAUUUAAAACAGUUCCCUCUUAAACACUAGAUGUCGCUAGUGACAAAGUCUGACUUAACUGUGAUUCAGUUUGAACCAGGGUGAUAAAUUAGUAAUUUAGCAAUGCCCUUUGCAUUCAAGACUCACAAUUGGGUUCUAAUUUUGAGCACUGAAAAACUCUUGAGAAACAUUUUUUCCAGAUUGAAUGUCCAUCUAAAGGACAGCACAGUAAAAAAAACAAAUAUAUAUAUAUAGUGUUCGUUGUAUUCUAACAAGGAUUUGGUCCAUUUUUAUUGAAUUUUCUCUUCUGGGCCAGGGACUAGUGCUCUUAAAAAAACAUUGAAAUGGGGCUCAGCAGAGAGACAGAACCUCUUGGGUUUUGGGGAGAGUCUGAGGUAAGACAUGGUGGUGAAACUGCUUCCUGAUUUCACAUUCCUCUCUUUUAUUUCAAUGUGCACUUAAAAUUAACAGUGGGAACACUCAAGUAUGUGUAGAGGGGUAAAUGCAAAGUUGUCUUAAUCAUGGGUCUGUCAUCUGUUUUUUUUUUUUUUUUUAAUCAUCAUUCAUUCUGCCCUUUGUGACAGUGAAGGGUGUUUUUUAAAGGUGCAUUAAACAGCUGUUUCUUUUACUCUAUAUUUAAACCUCAUUUCAAUCGUGAAAUAUUGACAAGAUACAUUCAUAACACUUCCCCUCACUUCUACAUCUUCCCUUUCUCUUCCUUUUUUGCCUUGCAGUUGCUAAGUCUUACUUUUUUCAUGAGUAUGAAUUAAAACACUACUAUCACAGUGAAUAGUAGGCUCUUAAAUGUCUUUGAUGUUCUGCUGCAGCUUUUUAAUUUCAAGUUGUCAGAUAUCUCUUAGCUUAAUUUGACACUAAAUGUGAUGCAAAAAGUGGAAAUUCCUUGUCUUCCAAAAAAGCAUACUCGUAUCCCUUUCCCCCCUGUGGAUCGAGUAUUAGGAACAACCCCAUCUUUUGGAAGUUUUAGUUUGGUACCCAGUUUGCACAUGCUAUGGUAUAUCUGUUACCGUAAGGUUGUGUUUGAAACAGAAGCCCAACGUCUGUUCAGCGUUGAGAGAAGUGAAUUGUAUGUUAGCUAUUUGGUCCAGAGUGAUGGACCAGCGUCAGGCUUGUGAUAUGAAGUGUAAAUCUGUUUUUAAUUUUUGGGUUUUUUUAUGUUUCUUUUUUUUUUUUUUUGUUGUUGAGGGUUUUUUUUAAAGAUCAGUUAGUGAUCUUAGUACUAUAACUAAGCCAAGUUUGUAAUUGUAUAUUUACUGUAAA